AUGUCUUCGGGCACUUUGCGAGUCUUUGCGCUUCCUUCGCUGGAAGAGCAGGUCAGCGUCGCCCUGAGGGUCUUGCUUCCCCCCCAGUCGCCAGUGAUUGUCGACUGGUGUGGGCUUGUGGCAAGCCGAAGGUCUCUUUACGUGGUAGAUCUGCGCUUGUGCCUCAGUCCUGGAGACGUUGUGCGCUGGUGGGCCUCGUUUGAGUUUUCUCCGCAGGAUGUGGAAGCGUGGUCCUAUCCAGACGUUCGUCGCACAUGGGUUGUCAUCCCUCCGCUCGGCGGGGGUUGGGUGGUGAUGGCUCUGGAGGUUUCCACAGUUGCCGAUGCAAUGGCUCACAUCCCACGGAACCGCUGGAUGGCAGUUGUAGCAGCCCUCGGGACUCGACGUGAGGACAUGCUCUUCGAUAGGGGCAAAGAGAGCAGCUUGAUCCUUGCAGCAAAGCAGCUGGACCCCCCGCCACUCUUUGCAGUCUUCAGCUGGACAGCAUGUGAGAAGCAAAAUGUAGCGUCACGCUGUCGUCGUGCUGGGGCUGAUGCCGUCAUUUGUUCUGCAGAGGGGCUAACCGAUUUGCUUGUGGCCCCUGCGCCCCGCGUACUCUGCCUGGCGGGUGAAGAGACCACAGUGACAGUUCAGAGCGUUGCGCGAAAGUACAACUUCACGGUGGUCAGGGUGGCAACAAACGCUGAGGCUUUGGACCACGUUCGCAACAGGGGACCUUGGGGUGCGGUCAUCGCCGCCUUGGGCACGCGCCCGGGGGUGGAUCUCAUUUUCGAUGCAGCUGAUGACCGAAGUACCCUCAUUUCCGUGGUAAAGAGGCUGCAGCCGGCACCGACGAUGGUAGUUUUCAGCCACACUGCGUGUAAGCAUGGUGUCAUGUGCCAAGCGUGCAUGGAUGCUGGUGCAGAUUCUGUGCUUUGUACAGCAGAGGACCUCGAAAAGCUAGUAGCGGCCAUUGAGGCCAGCCGCGCAUCUUUUCUGUUGGACACAAGUGCCCCAGAUGUCCCACCGGAGCCGAUUCCAGACAUUGAGGAAGAACCCCCGGCAAGUCCCUUCCCAAUCUACAGGACAACCGCCGAGUAUCCGAUCGUAGCUUCCCGGAUUGAGCAAAAUCGAGAGUUGGAGAAGAAGCUAGGUCCAUCUCAUCCAGCUCUGAAGGACUUGAAGUCCUUGUUACGUGAAAUCGAGGACAUGCUGAACAGCUUACCUUAUCCUCUUACAGUCACUUCCCUGUCAUCACCACUUCCUCCUGUUCGUUUUGUGCACAUCUCAGACACCCACCACCACCACAAGAACGUGUUCUUACCGCCGGGAGAAGUCUUGCUUCAUACUGGAGACCUCGUUGGCAACUACGGAGACCGAGAUAUCUUUAAGCACCUAGCCGAUUUCGUCGAUUGGCUGUUCAAAAUCCAGUCACGCUUCAAGCUGAUUGUAGUAAUAGCUGGGAAUCACGAUACAUUGCUGGAUGAGCAGAGAUAUCCUGCAGAUGCCGCAAAAGCAAAGAGGCCCUUUCUCGAAAGUUUGCCGAGCAACGUCGUAUACUUGGAGAAUGACCUUGUGGAAUAUCAGGGUCUCAAGAUUUGGGGGAGUCCGACUGUCAGCUGCAGGGAAGAAACCCUUGGCAAGCGAUACCUCAGCAAUGCUUUCGAACGACCUCGAGCUCAACGGCAGCAAAUCUGGUCAAAGAUACCAGAAGGCUUGGAUGUCUUAAUGACCCACGCGCCACCCCAUCAGAUUCGCACCUCCGAAUGCGGCUGUGAGCUCCUCUUGGAGCGCCUGAAGCAGCUCAAUGAGCCGCCAAAGUUUCAUUGCUUCGGCCACGACCACGACUACUUCGGAGUGAAGGCCAAGGGGAAGACCAUCUUCAUCAACGGUGCCCUUGAGGAAGUGAGGCGGAUGGAUCCUCAAAGGGCAGCCCAACUCUGCGGCUGGGUCUUUGACAUCCAAAGGAAAGACACGGACGUCUGGGAUCGGUCGGCCCUGCUUCCACAUGCUGGUGCAACGGCCGGCAAGCUCGAAUCGCAGGACUUCUGGAAGCCUCACGAGCAGAUGCUCGUGGGAAUGGCAGUUCUUCCUGGAGGCCACUUCGUGGCAACUGCUUGUCCGCGGGAGAUCCGCGGUUGGGCAUGGCCCGGUGAUCGGAAAGGAACUGCGCCGUACCUGCUUUGGACUGUGUCCACGCUUCCGCCCAAUGUCGGGGGAACGUGCUGUGAGGUGACAUCCCUUUUAUGGCUCCCGUCACCUGUCACAGCCGGUCGUCUGGCGGUGUUUGGGGAGUGCGAUGGUUCGCUGGUGAUUUGCGAGCUGCAGCUUUGUGCCUCCUUUGGGGAUGCGCCUGGUCUUGCCAGCGCGUUCCACCUUCCUGGAGCCUCGCAAGCAGCCACUGCUGUCCCUCCGAAGUCCGGAUCCGGAGAGCUGACGGUAUGGUCAGAGGCAGGGUGGUUCUCCUUCUUCGGUGGGCAGCUGCGGGCCAGCAUCGAGGCGUCCGGAGCCAUGGAUGCGAUCUCCUCCACGUGCUACGGGCCCUUGGCGGCCCUUCCCAGGUUCUUCUAA